AUGAUGACGGGGGUCUUGUGUAGUUUCGUACUGGUCAUCUUCCUCUGCGUCUUUCCCGUCACAGCGUUGCCAAACAAUCACACAGACCCUUCGACAAAUGCCGUGGUAGACAAGGGUACAUUCGGCAACCCGUCUGUUAAUGUCCGCCCUAAAUUUCGGUACUGGACCCCAGACGCAUCCGUUGAUCUGGAUACUGUUGCCGACGACGUCCAAGCUGCGGGCGACAUUGGUGCUGCUGGUCUGGAGCUACUGGGAUACUAUCUCUACGGUGGCCCUCCCAGUAAUGGUGCAGGGAGGGGAGACUCCGCGCCUGUGGAUUGGGCAACGUACGGGUUUGGCACUCCAGCAUGGCACAGUCUUGUCCAAGCGUUCGCGCAAGCUCAUAAAGACAAUGACCUGAUCAUGGACUUUGCCAUUGGACCUAAUCAAGGAACUGGCGUUCCCGCGCCCGAAGGCAGCGAUGGUCUCGCGUGGGACCUUGUGGCUUUCAAUGUAUCGACACCAGCACCCGGAGGAUCGUUCAACGGAACCCUCCCUGGUUGGGGCACUGGGACGUUGCAAGCGGCCAUCACUGGUCUGGCUAUCAAGACGGAGUAUCUGACUAACACCCUAGAGCCUAGCUUGCCUGGUGAUUUACCUAUGAAUCGCACUCAAAUCACCCUCUCCGAAGAGAGUCUCCGGGAUAUCACUAACAUGGUGGAUGAAGACGGCCACGUGUCUGUGACGUUUGAUGCUGCCGACGCCAAUACUACAGUCGGUGGUGGUGGUGGUGGUGGCGGUGUUAACAACACCAUCUUUGCCAUCUACCUCAUCCACUCUGACUACCGAGCGCAAGACGGACCGGAUGACCUAGGUGGUCCACAGACACCCGCAAAGUCUUUUGUCCAAAAUGGAUCGUGGGCCGCAGACCAUUUCUCCUCUCAGGGAGCCCAAACGAUCACCAAGUUCUGGGAAGAGUACGUGCUGAUCAACGGCACCAGGGAGCUGUUGAUGCAAGUCGGGAAUUAUGGCUGGGAGGACAGCGUCGAGAUCGAAGCCAAUGUAUUCUGGACAAGGAGUUUCUCGGUACAAUUUGAGAAGGACCACGGAUAUUCCAUCAACAAGUGGCUUCCGACGCUGUUCCAUCGAAACGGUCACGCGAAGGAGUCGAAUCCUCCCGUUUGGUGGGUUACGGACGCUCCUGAUGCAGGGGAGAGUCGGACGGCAGACUAUCGAGAGACCCUUGCAAAGCAAUACCAUGCGUACCUGACGGGCCUGAACGAAUGGGCGGAGGAGUAUCUCGAUAUACAGUUCUCGGCACAAGUAUCUUAUAAUAUGCCAAUGGACAUGCUCGCGAAUAUCCCCAGUGUCGACGCACCCGAAUGCGAAUCCCUCGACUUUAGCGAUUUGAUCGAUGGCUAUCGACAGUACGCAGGUCCGGCCAACCUUGCACGACGACGGAUUGUCUCUUCUGAAUGUGGCGCCGUACGUGGCGAGGCGUAUGCCCAACUGCUUCCAGAGUUGAUGUGGCAUGCCAAACGGUCCUACGCGGGAGGUGUGAAUCAGUUCGUUUUUCAUGGGUUUCCUUAUUCUGGCAAUUACGGAAAUACAACUUGGCCAGUCUUCACCACAUUCAACUAUCAGUACUCCAACAUGCAUGGACCCAGCGAUCCUGGUUGGGAAUAUUAUAGGGAUCAAAUCGAUUUCAUCGCCCGAAACAAUUUCAUCCUGCAGACCGGAGUGCCCAAGUUCGACGUUGCGUUUUGGCAGAAAAUGACGACGUAUCCGGGACACAUCCAGCUGAGGACGUAUCAACCCACGGAUCUCGAAGAGGGAGGGUAUACUUAUGAAUACCUCAGUCCCGACAACCUGGACCUGCCUUCUGCAAAAGUAGAGGACGGUAUACUUGCUCCCGAUGCACAGGGGUUCAAAGCAAUGGUCGUGCGGGCGAAUGAUUCGUUGACUGCUAGUGGUGUUGAACGACUGGUCGAUUUCGCACACUCUGGGUUGCCCAUCGUAUUCUCGGGAGGUGUUCCUACGACGGUUCUGGGGACGGCGAUGACGGGGAAUUCUAGUCUGCAGAGCACUGCCAAACAAACACUGGAGGAAUUGUCGUCGUCGCUGAGUAAUGUGCUUGUCACUCAGUCUUACGACGGACUAACCACGACCUUGGCCUCGAUGGGUAUUUAUCCCACGACGAAUGUCAGCAGUAAUGGAUCAUGGUACACAUUGUGGCGAAGGGAUGAUGCCACCGACACGGAUUAUUUUUUCGUCUACAACGACGCCAUUGACGAUCGUCACGGACAAGGAUAUACUGUUGGUACGAUCAGGUUCAAUAAUGUCACUGGAACACCUUACGAGUAUGAUGCGUGGACUGGGAAGCAAGAGCCGAUCGUGACGUACACGCAAGACAAUGAGAGCACCACCAUUCCAUUCACGUUGGCUGGGAGCCAGUCGACCAUCGUUGCCUUUCAUGCUGGGCCGUCCGACAACGCGAGUCAUACAGGAGCAGGCGGCCAUUUGACUGAUGUAUCGUCUGGGAUACUCGAGGUGACAACCUCCAGUGCGAAUUCCAGUAAUGGUGGCAGUGGCGGCGGCAAUAUUGUUCUUCAGGUCGGGCCAGGGCCGACACAACAGACGUAUACCACGUCCUCGGGAGAGACAAAAUCAGUUCAACCAUGCAGCUCGUCGAGUUUGGGACUGUCAAAUUGGACACUCGUGGUUGAACAUUGGGAUCCUCCUUCUGACAUGCAAAUAUCUACGGGCACUCAGAAACACAAUACGACGCAUCACCUUGAGAAGUUGGGAUCGUGGCAAGAGAUUGACGGACUGAAAAACGUGUCUGGAAGGGGGUAUUAUAAUACGACGUUUACUUGGCCGUUUUCUGGAUCGUCAGUGGGAAGUAUAGGCAGUGCCACCGGAGCCAUCAUAGACUUUGGCUUCAUCGUACACACCCUCCGGGCUUGGGUGAAUGGGGUUCAAUUGCCUCCGUUGGACGUGACGAGACCGCGGGCCGACAUCAAGACAUUGUUGGUUGAAGGUGUGAAUACGGUGGAAGUAAUUGUUGCUACACCGUUGGGGAAUGUUAUGAGACCUAUUUGGUUUGACUUGGAGACCAGUGGAACUGGCCCUGGGAGUCCAGGUGCAGGUGGUGCAUUAUUACCUCCUGUCGUGGAUUAUGGGUUGGUUGGGGACGUGAUGGUUGUGCCUUAUAGAGAAGAGGUGGUUGUCUUUUGA